AUGCCUAAUACUAUCUUAAGACAAAGUGUAAUCCAACAAUUGCGAGAAAGAAUAGACAAUGACUUUAAAGACGCCGAAGAUUUGGUCAAUUUGUUGACUGAAAUGAAUACAAUCAGUGAGAUUGAUGAAAGAAACAAAAGCAUUCAUGUGGACACUGAAGAGCUUGAAAAGCUUUUGAACGAAGCGAUCAUUGAAGACCCUAGCUACAAGGAGUUAAAAGAAUUGGAGCAGCUGCGCUAUCUUGUGCCUAGAGAUCAUUAUAAAAGACGCGACAAGGCUCACGAUAUCGCCAUCGAAGAAGAAUACAUGCAAAAGAAGACCGAAGUCGACUUUAGGAGAUGCAUUCGGACGAGCAAGAUGGGAUUUCUUGCUUUAUACGAAGAGAUAAAGGACGAUAAGGCCUUCAGCAAGUCUACGUCCGGUCCUCAACCAAGAAGCGUGAAAUUCCAAAUGAUUGUGGCCUUCAUUCGUCUGGGAAUCUAUGGAAACGCGGCUACAGACAAGAUACUUGGGGACUUCUUCAGCAUUAGCCAAUGCAUUGGCUUCAUGGAUGACAGUCUAUUCCAAAUUCACCAGACUCCCUCCUGGAAUCCAGAACUCUUCUGGUGUCGAAAAAACAAGCCUGCGGUACAAAGCAUGGUCAUCUGCGAUUUCGAUACACGCAUUCUCUUUGCAUCAACGGGUCAUUAUGGUAGCCAAAAUGAUACGGGCGUUUUAAGCGAGAGUGGCUUGCUUGAACAGCUUGCUACCUUCUUUGAGGGUGAGCAAUACGUAGUAGCAGAUUCUGCGUAUGGGAAGACCCAAUGGUGUGUUCCAAUUGGGAAAAACUCGGAGCACGAGCCUUUGACUGGAAGCGAUAUCAAGUUCAAUAAUCUUCUUUCCAGGUCAAGGGUCAGCAUUGAAAACUGCUUUGGUGCAUUAAAGGGAAGAUUUGAGUCUCUGGAUGAGCUGCGCGAUCAAUUGAAGGAGGAAGCAGACAUCGACGGAUAUAAUCGAUGGGUUGUAACUUGCUUCAUUCUGCACAAUUUCUGUCUCAAACAUGACGAUCCAUCAUACGUGGCAGAGAUCAUUGAUUACUUUUAUCGUACUCAUGAUAAAAAUGAUUAUUUCGAGACUAGUAGGAAUGAAUUCAACAGAGCCAGUCGAAAUAGCAAAUACGGCAAUUACAAUACCAUCAAGCACCCUUUUGUUGUGCCAAAUAUCAGUACAUCAGCAGGCAUAGAAAAGUAG